CUGGCCUGGGGUUCCCAUGUCGAGGGCGCGAUCCAGCUUGUCAAGGCGCGCGGGCGGUCGCAGCUAAAGACCAAGAUCGGGCUCCAGUUGUUCAUUGCCGUGAGGACGCAGCUCGUAGGUCAAACAAACGCCCCAGAUUCUGCGCUCCGGACCGGGGAUGCGUACUCUGACCGACCUCUCCAGGUGAUACACUCGCUCAGUACAGGCAACGCCCCGGCCAUGGGGGCCGAGUGGUGGCUAGAGGACGCCGUUAUUGACCCGACCGCCGCCGAAUGCCAGCGCCUCAACCUCAAGGUUGGCGAACUGCGCGCUGAGGUAAUUCGCCUGAUGUCUAGUGUCACCCGUACGCAGGAGAACAUCGGCCGCGUGCAGGACCUGAUGCGUCGCGCCCAGGAUCUGGACCAGCAGGCCGCAGCGUGGAUGAAGUCCGUCCCAGAGGCGUGGCAACCCAGGACGCUCUGCUGGCAACUCCAGAGCCUCGCCGUGCCCGGCGGCAGCGACUACUCCAAGGCCGAGGUGUUUCCGGGCCGCGUAGAUGCGUACAGGGACUUCUGGGUGGCGAGCGUGUGGAACCAGGUGCGGACUGCAAGGCUGAUCCUCAUGUCCAUCAUAGUCCGCUGCGCCGCGUGGGUGUGCUCGCCUCUCGACUACCGGACGACGCCAGAGUACGCCACCUCGGCGCGGGUGUGCGUGGACAUGAUCUCAGACAUUCUCGCGUCGGUGCCAUAUCAUCUAGGGUGGCACACCAAGAGGCGAGAUCUCGUGCCGGAGGACGACCCCGCCUGUUUCGGAUGCGGUGACGAGCAGGGCAUAAAGGGGUUGGCUGGGUACUUUCUGAGCUGGCCUUUAGCCUGUGUGCUGACGCAGGACUAUACCACCGAUGCUCAACGAGCGUACAUCAAGGGCAGGCUCAAGCACAUUGCGGACGAGCUGGGGAUCAAGUACGCGCAUAUCCUAUCCUCGCUCAACGUCCGGGUCCCUUCGCUGCUCAUCCGGUCCAAUGGUCUUCUUGCCCAGCCGUAUCCUAUGGACCAUAGUUUUGGCAAGUUGAUUUCGUCGGCCCGGAAGCCCUAUCCGGCCCCCAAGGGAUGUACUCAGAACCAACAGCUCCAUCAGGAAGUGAGGGAGCCGGCACAGCCAGUACAGGUCCAGGGAGGCUCUGCAGGCGCAUCGGGAGCAGGGCGAUACCGGUGAUUCACAAGC